AUGCCAAACCAUGGGUGUGUGAGAGAACGACGACGACCUACAUCGGCACCACAUAAAGACCAUAUCACCGCUCAAAAAACUUCGCGCUGGACCCUUUGUCCAAUUGGUAUCAAUCAAACUUCACUGGUCACGACAAGCUCGCGGAGCCUUCGAGUUCGUCCCGCUGGCCCGCGGGGGUCUGUGACCAUUUGCGAGUUGGUUGCAGGCGAAGAGGAUGUAAUGUCAACACUGGACGACGCUGACAUGGGUCGAUCCCGCAACGCCUAUAAUGCCGCCGUCCAACUCGUAGUCGAUCUGUCUCCCCCUGAGAUUUUUGUGUACAUGAUUGUGACUGAUGUCAGCGAAUGA